AUGGGCCAGGCCGCAGAGGAUCCUAGAGCCGCCGCCGCUGAGGCGCAGAAGCCGGCGGAACCGUCAAUGACGGCGACGACCAAGGCAGAGGAGGACCUCCCGCCGCUGUCGGACCACGACUUUCGGAUAUACAACCAGCUCGCCGAGCGCAUGGACUCGUUUCACAACUACUUCCGCCAGUCCUGGACCAUCCUCUGGUCCGCCUGCACCUCAUCACCAUCCCCCUCCUCCUCCUCAACACCCGUCGACACCGACGAGCUCCUCUACACCGGCCUCUCCCUCGCCUCCCACCUCUCCGCCCACCACUCCAUCGAGGAGACGUACUUCUUCCCCCGCCUCGCCGCCCGCAUGCCCGAGUUCGACCCCCGCUCCGGCCCCAUGGUCGAGCAGCACGCCGCCAUCCACGCCGGCCUCGACGACUUCGAGGCCUACCUGCGCCGCUGCCAGCGCGGCGACGAGGAGUUCGACCUCGCGAAGCUGCGCGACAGGAUGGAGGGCUGGGGCGCCGUCCUGUGGGCCCAUCUCGACGAGGAGGUGCGCGCGCUGGGGGCGGAGAAUAUGAGGCGGUAUUGGACAAAGGAUGAGAUUAUGCGGCUGCGCAUGUAG